GCGGCCCAGCGCCCGUGGCGGUGGCGGCGGCGAUGGCGCGGACCGUGGCGGUUCUCGGCGGCGGCAUCAGCGGCCUCAGCGCCUGCUACCACCUGGCGCGCGCCGCCCGCGCCCCCCGGGUGGUGCUGCUGGAGCGCGGCGGCCGCGUCGGGGGCUGGAUCCGCUCCACGCGCGCCCGGGACGGCGCCGUCUUCGAGCACGGGCCCCGCGGCCUCCGCCCCGCCGGACCCCGGGGCGCCAGCGCGCUGCGCCUGGUCUCGGAGCUGGGGCUCGACGCCGACGUCCUGGCGGUGCCCGGAGACCAUACGGCCUCGCGCCACCGCUUCCUCUUCGUGCGCGGGGCCCUGCACCCCCUGCCCGCCAGCCUCGGGGGGCUUGUACGCACCGUGCCACCCUUCAGCCGCCCGCUGCUCUGGAGCCUGCUGCGGGACCUGGUGGUGCCGCGGGGCCGCGGGCCGGACGAGAGCGUGCACGCCUUCGCCAGCCGCCGCUUCAGCGCGGAGCUGGCCGACGUGGCCAUAGACAGCCUGUGCCGCGGGGUGUUUGCUGGGGACUGCCGGGCGCUGAGCCUGCGCUCCUGCUUCCCGGCGCUGUUUGAGGCUGAGCAGAGGCACCGCUCCGUCCUCCUGGGCAUGGCCUUGGGGGCAGGGAAGGGCCCAGCCCUGGAUUCAGCUUUGAUCCGCAGGGCCCGCGCCGAGCGCUGGAGCCAGUGGUCGCUGCGCGGCGGCAUGGAGACGCUGCCCGAGGCCCUGUUGGACUUCAUGCGUAGCCGUGACGUGGAGCUGCACUGCCACGCGGCCCCGAAGCGCCUGCAGCUGACGGCCGACCAGCGCUGGCAGAUCAUCCUGGAGGACGGCAGCAUCGUGGCGGACCACGUGAUCAGUGCCAUCCCGGCUGGAGCUCUGGCCGACCUGCUCCCAGAUGAGGCCGAGCCACUGGCUCAGGCGCUGCGCGGCAUCCAGGCAGUGUCAGUGGGGGUGGUGAACCUGCAGUAUGAUGAUGCCACGCUGCCCGUCACGGGGUUCGGGCACCUGGUGCCCUCCUUUGAGAACAGCUCCCUGCUGGGCAUUGUCUAUGACUCGGUGGCCUUUCCAGAGCAGAACGGUGCCAAGGGCAAUUCCAUCCGGCUCACGGUGAUGCUAGGAGGCGCGUGGUUCACCCAGAGCUUCGGGGACCCAGAGACCGUGCUGCCAGCCACGCUGCUGCACCAGGCCCAGGAGGCAGUAAGGACGCAGCUGGGCGUGUUGACUACACCUUCCCACUCCAUCGUCAUGGUGCACAAGGCCUGCCUCCCCCAGUACACACUUGGCCACUGCCAGAGGAUAGAAACCAUCACCCAGUACCUACAGCAGGAGGGGCUGCCACUGAGCCUGGUCGGGGCCUCCUACGAGGGUGUCUCCGUGAUCGACUGCCUCUACAGUGCCAAGAUGGCUGUGGCCAGGCUCCUAGGCCAGGCCUGCUGAUUGGCAUGUGCUGCCUCAGGCCCUGGAGGCAGGCUCCUGCAUGCCAGUCUCUGCAGGGGGUGGGGCACACAAGCACACACCCAUGUUGGGCAGACAGUCUGUGAGGGAUUUGUGGCUCUGCUGCCUCAGGGCUGGUAGCAGCAGCACCUAGGCUCAGAGGAGCAGAGGGCAGGUCCAGGCAGCCCUGCAAGCAGUGAGGGCAGAGUGCCAGGAGCACAAAGGCCUACAGCCCCUUCUCCUUCCCCACUGUACUGGAAGUGAGCAGGCCCCAGAGCCUUGGCUCUCCCCCUCUCAGGACAAACAGCCCCUCAUUGCUGUUGCACCACUCCUGGGCCUCCCUGCUGCAUAAGUCCUGUGCUGGUUUGAGCCUGGUUCCUGCUGCUCAAGUAACUGAACCAGCCACAGACUGCUGCCACAUAGUGAGCAACUGCCCCUGCCAAGGGAGCACAGGGCCAGGCCGCGAGCAGCUGAGGCUCCAGGUCUGCACCUCGCUCCUGCAGGACGAGCCCCCAUUCCCUGGGGUGAACAGCCCACUGCCCCUUCCCCUCCAUGGUGAGCCAUUGGUUGUGCCCCUCCCUACAAGUGGCCCAGGGUUGCAGAGCAGGGGCAGGCUGCUGCAAGACAAAGUUUUUAUUGAAAAACCCUAACAAACCCCCAGUGCUGCUGCAGCCGAUUGUUCAUAAAUAAAAUAAAUAGUCGCA